AGAGAGGCUGAGAUCCCCACAGAGGCCCAGUGGGUCCAGCCCCACCCAGUGCUGACCUCUCUGUCACACACCUGGCCCGCUCCCUUUCCAAGAUGCUGUUUUGGCACAACCAGCUGGAGCACCUGUGGCCCAGUCCCGGGGAAUUGUACCCCGGGCCGCCAAGCAGCUUGCUCAGGGAGUCCCUGCCCUUGCCCUACCUGAAGCAGGAGGAGCUGCCCAACAUCCCCAGCAUGGAGCCUCCCUGCCCCUCAUUCCAGUACGUGCUCCGUGCGGCCACCUCACCAGCCGUGAAGCAGCAGGAGGAGGCCCUGACCUACCUGAACCAGGGCCAGUCCUAUGAGGUGCAGAUGCUCUGCAACUCCAAGCUGGGUGACGCCACCCAGUGGCCGCGGCUGCUGAAGAGUGUGGUGCGUGUGGUGUUCCAUGACCGGCGCCUGCAGUACACGGAGCAGCAGCAGCUGGAGGGGUGGAGAUGGAGCCGGCCUGGGGACCGCAUCCUGGACAUCGAUGUGCCAUUGUCCGUGGGGGUGAUAGAACCCCAGGUGCUGCCCUCACAGCUCAACACAGUGGAGUUUCACUGGGACCCAACCAAGAGGACCUCUCUCUUCCUGCAGGUUCACUGCAUCAGCACUGAGUUCACUCCUCGGAAAAAGGGUGGAGAGAAAGGCGUCCCCUUCCGCCUCCAGAUUGACACUUUCAAGCCCAGUGACAAGGGGCUUCCACCUGAACACCUACAUUCAGCCGGCUGCCUCAUCAAGGUGUUCAAGCCCAAAGGAGCUGACCGGAAACUGAAAACCGACCGGGAGAAGGUUGAGAAACAGCCCCUGCACGAGAGAGACAAGUAUCAGGCUGCCUGUGAGAGCACGGUCUUCGUGGAGGAUGAUCACAGCCCCCCCCCACCCCCCGGAUUCCACCCGCUUCCUGCAAAGACCAACUUCAAGACCCCUUGGAGCGGCCACCUUCCAGGCCGCCUCUCCUGUGCCAGCCGCUGCCACCUCACUGCGGCUCCUCUGCCCAGAGCAGCUGCUUUCCUGCUGCUGCCUCUGCCAGCUCCGCGGAAGCCUGCCCAACUCCCCCAGGCAGCCCUGCAGUGUUCACCAUGGCCGGAGCCCAGUGCAGAGCCCCACCUGCCUCUCAGCCCUCAGGCUCUGACCUCGCCCCACUCCUGCAAACUCCUGUCCCCGGAGCGGCUCUGCUGCUCACCACCAUUCAUCUUGGACACUUUGGGGGGCAGCCCAGCUGAGGUGAGACUGGAGCCUCCAUCCUGGAGGCAGCAGUGGUUACAUCGCCACCGGUUCUCCAGCUACUGCCGGACACUAGCCAAUUUCACAGGCACCGAUCUGCUGAAGCUUACCCGGCAGGACCUGAUCCAGAUCUGCGGGGCUGCCGACGGGAUCCGCCUUUUCAAUACUCUUAGAGCCAGGCCCAUCCGUCACCGGCUGACUUUGUAUGUGGCUCAGGAGGCCUCUAGGCAAGAGAACGAGGUUCCUAAGAACCCGGAACCAGGUUUUUAUCAAGAGAUUUCUCUGGACGAACUCAGCGCCAUUGAACUGAUGGGAAAACUGGCAGAGCUCUUGAACCUCCCAGCCAAUCAGAUCCACCGCCUCUUCCACCAGGGCCCUGGGGGUAUCCUCAUUCUCCUUAGCGACCAGGUGGUUCAGAACCUUAAGGAUGAAGCGUACUUUGUGGCCGUGGUGAGAAAAGGUAGGAGUUUUAGAAGGAGACACCAGUUUUGUGUCAGAGACUGAGAUCAUAUAGCAAAAAGACAGCUAUUUAUUGCUCAGGAAAAACGUGACUGAAUAAAUGCAUUCUCAUAAGUGUAUUACCAUGGAAGGUAAGCCCCCCCACCCCCCCUUUCCCAACCCCCACAAACUGCAACAACCAAGCGGAAGGGCAGGUGCUUGCUGACCAGUCAGCGGGUAGUCCUGGUCCUCUGGAUGCCUGCCCGGCCCCUCCUGUGAUGCCACAGUGCACAGGGCGGCUUCCUGAGAAGGUGGAUGGGAGGCGAGGGGAAGACACUGGGGUGCGCAGGUGCGCUGCAGGCCGCUCACUGUUGGGAGCGCAUCCUGGUGGUGGUUGGGGGCAGCCUCACCCCAGUGGUGCCCUUUUUACUGCUUUCAGUGCAGAAUCCAGAUGGCUACUACCUGGUGCUGACCUAAGCUCAGGGACGCCCUGCUGCAAGAGGAAACUGAUGCCAGCCUGGUUCUCCAGAAAAUCCUCGAUGCUUCCCCAGGCUCCAGGUGAAGAGCCGGACCGUCCUGUACCUCUCCCCUGGGGAGGCAGCAAGCAGCCCCAGGCUCACAUUUCUUACUGCUCGGCAGCAAGUUAUUAGAACCUGGGACACAGCUUCCCAAGAUGAGCUAAACUGGCCAAGCCUUGUGAGGCAAGAAACCUGGCAAUAUGGAUGAGCUUUUGCCCCAAGCAGUGCUGCUGAACAAUGAGUGAAUUUGUGUUUAAAAUUCUACUCACCUCUUCCUUUUUUGCAAAUUAAUUUAAACAGGACUGAUCCAACAUGGACAACUGCUUGUACCCCUGUAACCCCGGCGGCCUCACCCAAAUUACCAACCCAGACCAGACCUUUACCACGUGCAGAAUGAGUGGAUUUCAAGAGAGGUCUAUGAAUUCACAGGUUCCCUGAGGGCAUUUCAUGGCAGG